CUCUGCUUUUUCUGCUCGUGUGUCACUCAGGAUGAAGCUGCUGCUGGUUGCUGCUGCUCUGGCCGUGGCCAGCUGUGCCACAAUCUCUCUGGAAGACCUGGAGUUCCACGCAUGGAAACUCAAGUUUGGAAGGUCCUACAGCUCUCCAGUGGAGGAGGCUCAGCGCAGGGAGAUCUGGCUCAGCAACCGCAGACUGGUGCUGGUGCACAACAUCAUGGCCGAUCAGGGCAUCAAGUCCUACCGCCUGGGCAUGACCUACUUUGCUGACAUGGAAAAUGAAGAGUACAAGCGGCUGAUCUCUCAGGGCUGCCUGGGCUCCUUCAACGCUUCUCUGCCUCGCGGCGGUUCUACUUUCUUCCGUCUGCCCCAAGGAGUUGAUCUGCCCAACACUGUUGACUGGAGGGACAAGGGCUACGUCACUGACAUCAAGGAUCAGAAGCAGUGUGGAUCCUGCUGGGCCUUCAGCGCCACUGGUUCACUGGAGGGUCAGAACUUCAAGAAGACAGGGAAGCUGACGUCUCUGAGCGAGCAGCAGCUGGUUGACUGCUCUGGUGACUAUGGAAACAUGGGCUGCAUGGGAGGCCUGAUGGACCAGGCCUUCAGCUACAUCAAAGCCAACAAGGGGAUCGACACAGAGGAAUCCUACCCUUAUGAGGCAGAGGAUGGCCAGUGCCGUUUCAACCCUAACACCAUUGGUGCCACAUGCACAGGCUACGUUGAUGUGACACAGGGUGAUGAAGAUGCCCUGAAGGAGGCUGUGGCCACCAUCGGACCUGUGUCCGUGGGCAUCGAUGCUUCCCACGCGUCCUUCCAGCUCUACGAAUCAGGUGUGUAUGAUGAGCCAGGCUGCAGCAGCACAGAUCUGGACCACGGAGUCCUGGCUGUGGGUUACAACUCUGACAAUGGACGUGACUACUGGCUGGUCAAGAACAGCUGGGGUGUGGGUUGGGGGAACAAGGGAUACAUCUGGAUGACCAGGAACAGAAACAACCAGUGUGGCAUUGCUACUGCAGCCAGCUACCCCCUGGUCUGAGCAGGUUGAGAACUUUCCUCAGUGAGGAGGAGAAAAGUGAUGCAUAAUUAACUUUAAUUUCAUAAAGAAACUGAGUUAUGGAAGAAGACGUCUUCUUGUUGUUCCAUGGACGUUAGCAGGGUAAAGAGCCUGUCUGCACUUUUAAUAGAAUAACCUUUUUUAUGAAGAUUGUAAAUAAUUGUAGAGAAUUAAAAUGUUUUACAAUG